UUGUAAUUGAUAAAGAGCUAGCAAGCUAGAGACAAACAUUCCAGACCACACUCCAUAUACCACUUCUCACCAUAAAAGCCCUGCUGGCCUGGCGCCGGUAUAAAAUUGUGUGUUUAGAAGCCUCGAUCUCAUUAUCUCGUCAACAUACUAACUCAACUGAUGACAAUGUUGAAACAGCGAUUUAUCGGCAGUAUUUCAUUUCUCUUGCUCCUGGCUGUUGACAUCAGUUUUGGGGGACAGGACAUUAACUGUGAUGCUGCCCCAAGGGACCUUACUGUGCAGUUCCGAGGCGCCAGCUGCGCAUCACAUAGACAUGGAUCGUGUGUGGGUGACCGGUCGUUCGGGCAUGGACAGCCUCUCCCUAUCGGACUCUUUGACCGCUCACAGUCCGGGGGCCAAGCGCCUGUCGUUGUAUAUGAAAAUGCCGACCCGGAUUCAUUCUACUCAGUUCUAAUGAUAGACCCCGAUGCCCCUAGCCCAAGCAAACCUACCGCAGCCCCAUGGCUUCACUGGUUGGUAGUCAACAUUAACGGAGAGACUCUUCGCUCUGGUGGCCGUGGUGUUGGAGGUAAAACCGUGACAGAGUACGCUCCUCCUACUCCACCAUCCGGUAUCCACAGAUACAUAUUCCUCCUCUUCCGUCAGUCUGGCUCCAUAAGUAACGUGCCGGUGCCCUCUAGCCGUGCCAAUUUCGACGUAGGUGCGUUCAAGACGUAUUAUGAUCUGGAAUGUGUUGCGACGACUUCUUUCAGAACGGGCAAAGAGAUCACGGAAUAGAAUAAAGUUGUGUUGCAUUGUAUGAUAAUGUUGCCAUCAGUGUGUAGGUUUAAGCCGCCUCAGCUACAUAUUUAUCUCAAAUGUAUGUUCAACGUCUUCCGAAAUACGACGUUUAGUUAGGCUCUGAGAAGGAUACCAACAUUCUGUUUCAAGUACUAAUUUAAAUAAGGAGUUGCAGACGAGAAGCCAUUUUGCUCACUGAUCACUUAGGACUGCGAGGGACUGGAGGGAAAAAGAUUCCUGCAAAAUAUAUCCAUCCUUUCUGAAAACAUUUUACAGACUGGAACUCUUUAUCACCAUCCAAGAUCCAUCCGACGUACAUGUGCAACAGCAUUUUUCUCCAUAGCAUUAUCUUAUUAUUUCAUGCGCAUACCCAUGCAGUCCGACUCUUUUUAUUCCACCAGGGCCCUGUUUCAUAAAACUUGUUAUCAAUAUCAAUAAACCAGUUUACAGUUGUGUGCGCCAUUUUAAACAAAGCCAAUGACCUAGAGGUCAUGUAUUUAUGCGUAAAUUAGGAUUGCGCCCAUGCAAAUUUCGAUAAUAUCACUGCCCUACGCGCGGCGUUGUGCGCGCACAUCAUCAUUUGCAUGGGCGCAAUCUUAAUUUACGCAUAAAUACCAGAGGUCAGAGGUUAUUGGCC